AUGCCUAUUACUUUGGUCUGUUUGGUUAAAGGAAACUUGCCUGCAAAUGCUUUCCCUGUCGAUAUUAAUGGGAACAAGCUCAUUGGUCACCUCAAAGGAGUUAUUAAGGCGAAAAAGGCGCCAUGUUUUGAUGAUAUCCCUGCUGAUGAACUCAAGCUGUGGAAGGUGGAAAUUCCUGACGAUCAGGAUUCUGAGUUGGCCAACCUCGAAUUAGCUGACGAACUUCUGGCAACUCGAGACGUAGAAGACUAUUGGACCUCAAAGCCACCCAAGAGGCAUAUUCACGUCUUAGUCAAACCGCCAGAGACUGCCACCUCGAGCCGUGAACAGGAAUUACUUGAGAAAGUUGCCUUGUUGCGAGCACAUUUCAAUAAGUCUGUUCAUGAGUUCAAUGUUAUCGUAAGUCCGAAAUGGGUGAGGUCAUUCAAGUGGACGGUGAAUAUCGAGCAUGCAACCCUCGAAGCUCUCAAAGAUUCCAUACGUGCA